UUUGUAUACUAUGGAUGAAACCCGAGUACACGCCUUUGAACAAGCUGUCACCUGUAAGCAAGGCAUACAAAGUACGUGUGACAGUGAAAGAAAAGUCUCCUAUCCAAACUCCUCCAAACAAGAAAAAAUUUCAGAAGUUGGUUUUUGAAGAUGAAGAGGGUAACAACAUGAAAGCUACUUUGUUCGGAGCUGAAUGCGACCACUUCCAAAAAGUCUUUGAACACAAGAAGAAGUAUGAGAUAGCUAAUGCUCCAGUGCGAAAAAUCAACCCGAAAUUUAGUUCAUUCCCAGGAGAAUGUGAACUAACUUUCGGCGGAAUGACUAAAAUUCAACCUAUUGAUCGAACAGAGGGACCUGUUUUACCUGAAUACAUCUCCAUAGCUGAUGUACCAAAGACAAGUGAACCAUCAGACUGGUUUGAUUUGCUUGGAAUAGUAGUCCACAUGGAAGACCCCCGACAAGUAGAAUACAAGUCAGGCAGAGUAGCCGAUGUACGUGAUAUCAGCAUAGUCGAUGAAAGCACUGGUUCUCGCCCAAUGAUCAUCUCUGCAUGGGGACAAUUGGCCCUUUCUGACUGUGAGAAGCUCAAAGACUGGGCAACCACUUUCUUAGUUGUUAGCUUAACUUCAGUGAAGCCUGCUACCCACAAAGGUUUCUCAUUGCAAUCAAGCGUGUCCACAACAAUUGACCCAGCCCCCAGUGGUGAAAAAGCUGACGCUUUACGAGCUUGGGCCCAUGCACAUCCAGACAUAAUUAGUGAUUACAUGUCAAGGCAACUCGAAUUCAUGAUUAUUGGUGCUGAACCGGUUCCAACCACACUUGACAACAUCAAUGGCAAAACUGUUGACAAUACUGUCCAGGAAGAAAUAUACACACUAACAGUCACAAUUCCAGAUGCACAGCUAGACAAUGUUAUUGCUUAUAUUGGCUGCGAUAAUUGUGGAAAGCGUUGUGGCGUUGCUGCAAAUGUGGCCUUCUUUUGCCCACAUUGCCCUGACAAAAAAUGCACCUCCACUGAAAGGGUCAACUUUACCUUUGAUGCUGCAGAUGACACUGGAACAUGUCGCCUCACUGCCUUUGGCCAAGUAUGCGAGCAGAUAUUCAAGCUCAAAACACUUGAAAUUUUUGAAAGAAAGAUAAAGGAUGACUGGAAAGACUUUGAUCAUGUUGCUGCAGCUCUGAAAUCCACACUAAUGCACAUAAUCCUUUACCCAUCCCAAGCACUGAACAGGGCAGGGGUGCUGCGGUGGGUAGUCCAAUCAGUUUCUCAUUCUUCUUGAACACUUGUCCUGCCAAUUUGCAGCUUCAAAUCAGAACACAUCAUCCACGAUAGCUCCGGAUUAUCAUUUUGGAUGUGUUCUUAUUUGAGGCAUCCUUGAUUAUCCUUACUCAUAUUUGCUACUCAAGCAAUUUAACAAGCAUUGUCUUUCUAACUCUGAAGUUAUAUCUUCUUUUGAUAAUGUUGGUCAUAUAGAGCAGCUUAAAUCUGCUUAGAAUUAGGCUUACAAACAAUGCCUCUUUUGCUUGCUCAAUCCAUUGAAUGGAUUAAACAAUUGCCUGUAGUUCAAACUUAAUGCCUCUUUCAUGGAACACUUUGUUCUUUAAAUUAUUGCAGGGAUGCAAUAUCUGCUUAUGGUUCAGCCUUGCUUAUUGUGUGAAUUUUGC